CAUCAAGUACCCGUUACAGCUAAAAGUUACUCGUGUAUCCAGUAACUGCAGCUGCUGUUUGAUCGUUCAAAUUGUUGUUUUGCAAAAUGCAGCUUUAAUAAUAAGAUGCCCACUGUGCAGCCACUUGUAACGGCCAUUCGCGCUGGGCGCUUGAAUUAUGAGGCUGGACUGCGCCUGCAGCAACAGUUUGCCAAACAGAAUGUUAAACAAUAUGCGGAAUUUCGCAACUAUCUUUUACUAAUGGAACACGACCCAGUCUACACCAUUGGCAUACGCACAAAAGGAUACACAGCAGAGGAUGAGGAACGCCUGCGAAAGCUGGGAGCAGACUUCCAUCGAACAGACAGAGGAGGACUCAUUACGUUUCAUGGUCCCGGUCAGUUGGUGGCCUAUCCCAUUAUACACCUGCGACAAUUUACGCCGAGCAUACGCUGGUAUGUAAACACGCUGGAACGCACUAUAAUAGAAACAUGUCGUCGCUUGGGCAUAGCAAAUGCUACCACAACAGCAGACACGGGCAUUUGGAUAGGCGAUAAAAAGAUUUGCGCAAUUGGCGUACACGGCUCGCGUUACGUCACAACGCAUGGCAUUGGACUGAAUUGCUCAACUGACUUGAAAUGGUUUGAGCAUAUUGUGCCUUGUGGCAUAGAGGGCAAAGGUGUUACCACGCUAAGUGAGCAGCUGGGACAUCAGGUGACUGUCUCAGACGCUAUAGCUACAUUUCUGCAAAGCUUUGCAAGUGUUUUUAAAUGUGACGUGCAGGAACAAACUGACAAAGAAUCAUCACAAAUUAGCAAU